AGAAAGGGGGAGGGUAUGAGAAGAAUGACAGAUCUAGACAAACAAGCUUAGCCUGAACACACUAAACUGAAACAGCGACUGAUGCAGUUCUUUGCCGAAGACUUUGUGGCUGUGUGUAAACAGAAGAUGUGACAGAAGGAGGUGCACACAUCUAACACACGAUGGCUGCUCCCCCAGUUAUCCCUAGGAGACAGUCUAAGUCUACAAACGACACAGCUGCUAACUUACGUCCCAUAGGUGUAAAUGCAUUAAAUGGAGGAAACAGAGUGAAAACAGAUACACAUCUGAUGCAUGCACAGAGAGAAGUUGAGCUGGUGAAUUACUGUUUUGCUGAUGUGGAGCGUUUCAUGGCCCGUCUGCAGGAGACAGCAGACGCUAAGAACAUUCUAGAGCAACUGAGCACUAAGAAGAAUAGCAAAAAGAAGGAGAAGAAGAAAAGCAAGAAGAAGAAAGAGCAGGAUGAUGGCCCUCUCACACAAACGGUGACCCCGCCAUCAGAACAAGAAUUUGUGGAUAUUUUUCAGAAGAUUAAAUAUUCCCUCUGUCUACUGGAUCGCCUGAAGAUGAAAAUCUCAGAGCCAACCGCAGAAGAACUCUUGCACCAUGUCUUCAUCCCUUUGCACUUGAUGGUAAAGACCACAGGUGGUCCUGAGUUGGCAGCAACAGUCUCCAGCCCCGCUAUGACCAGUGGAGCAAUCUCUCUACUACAGCAGAACCUUAAUGAACAAGAGAAACAACUGUGGAAUUCACUCGGAUCAAACUGGACCAUGCCAUACCCUCAACUCGGCAAGACUGUGAAUCAAUACACACCUGUCUUUCUGGAUGGUUGGCAGCCAAUGACCAUAGACGCAUACGGACAACCCAUCGAGGACCCCAUAGAGUCCCAGCACAAACAUGAAGCACUUAUGCAGACUCAGCAGGCCCGUCUAACUGUAUACCAGGAACAUGACGGGAUGGAAGACUCCUUGCCUCCUCAUGAAGAAAGGCUGUACCGUUGCAGUUAUGACUUUGUGGCACGAAACAGUAGUGAACUCUCAGUAUUACAUGGAGAAACUCUGGAGGUGUUAGAGUCAUCAAAGCGAUGGUGGAAAUGUAGGAAUGAAUACAGCCAGAUUGGUUUUGUUCCACAUAAUAUCCUCGAGCCAAUCAAUCACGCAGAAGUUGACUCUUCCAACGUAGUAAUGCGCAAGCAGUCCAUGAAAGCUCCUAUUCCUCCCCCAGGAGGAGGGAGGUUCUCCUGUGUUCUACCCAGUUCCACAGGCAAAAAUGCAUUCCACCCUGAUCCACGCCCCCACAGUAUGCCACCAAUUGGAGAAAACGGAGAUAAAGUAUUUUUGAUGAAUGAUGAGCUCUUGCAGCGAUUGGCUAAUGGUAAAUCAGCAUCAGUACGUCCAGUGGUAAUUAACAAAGCAAAUGAGACAACAGCACCGCUGGACUAUCACUCCUCUCAAACUGAGGUUCAGGGGUGGCUCAUGGCCAAAGGCUUCAGUGAUUACACUGUACAGAGUCUGGGUGUCCUUACGGGAGCUCAGCUCUUCUCUCUGAAUAAGGAGGAGCUGCGUGCUGUUUGUCCAGAAGAGGGAACCAGAGUCUACAGCCAGAUCAUGGUGCAGAAAGCACUGCUGGAGGAUGAGCGGAAGGCCACUGAGUUGGAGGCCAUAAUGAAGAAACAGAAGAUGAAAGUUGAUCUGAAAGCAGAGGGUGGAGAAUUUUAAUGGAUAUCACUUUCACUCACACAUUCAGACAAGCGUUUAUGCUAAUGAUUUUACAGACAGGUGUGGCAUGAAUUAAGAUCUUUUUAAACAUAAUGCUCUUUGUUGGU